AUGCUAACGCUUGCAAUAGGCGAUCUCUUCAUCCCAGAAAGGGUCAUAAACCUUCCUUCUAAAUUCCGAAAGCUUCUAGCCCCCAAUGCCGAGUCUGUUCCAUCCAAUCCAAAAAUCUCACAGGUAUUAUGCCUAGGAAACAUCACCCAGUCUAGAGAAACGUUGAAGUUUCUUUACAACUUGUCCCCUUCGUUCAACAUUGUCCGUGGUGAGUUUGACGAGCACACGAUUCUCUCUCAGCAACUUUGCCUCCUUACAGGAGAGAAAGACUCGACAAAAGCUCUACCUUUCUACAAGGUGGUGACAGCAGACAAUUUCCGGAUAGGCUUCACCAACGGCUACCAGAUUGUGCCGCAGAACGAUCCGUUGUCGUUGUUGGCAUUUGCACGGGAAAUAAAUGUGGACAUUCUUAUCUGGGGUGGCACUCACCGUGUGGAGGCUUAUACCUUGGAUGGAAAGUUUUUCAUCAACCCAGGAAGUGCUACGGGCGCCUUCAAUUUCGGCUGGCCGGAACUUAACGACGACGAGGGCGAGAGAGUGACAAUGAAAGUGUGCAAUCCAGAGAGGCCUAAAUGGCCAUAA